GGAGGAGGCUUCACUUCUCAUAGCCGUAAAGACCUGUUUGUGUCUGCUGCACCACCAGCAUCAACCGAGUCUGUAAAGGCGCUUUGUGCAUCGCUAAUCCGCUCUGAUGUCACGGUGCAGAAGGAGGGGCUCUCCGCUUUAAUCCGAGCAAGUUGUCUGGAGAGAAGCAGAGCCAAACCAAACCGAGCCUAAACGAGCAGGCACGGGAUAUACAGGGGCGAUGUGUACUGCAGGACCCGGGCCUCACCUCCUCUGACAUGCAGGCUUUGCUUUAAGUGGAGAUUUCCUGGAGACAAGAGGAGCAUGUUCUGAUCAGAACCCAGCCAUGAGCCACAAGUAUCAGGGAGAGGCGACCGGGGAGUCAGGUGAGGAACACAAGGUGCCCCCGAGGAGCAGGCAGCCCAAUGGGACGUCACCCGGAGAAGCUCCUGUACGUCGCUCCUGGAGGCCAUGUCAGAUGCUCAACCAGGACGGGGAACCGAAUCCCCAUCACCACCAUCAUCAUCAGCCUCCUCACCACCACCAUGCACCCAGCGCUCGAGGGGCCCCUCGGCAUCGCCGGCGGCCUCCAUCAGGGGGGAGCCAGGCUCACAGUCCCGGUCUGGUCCCGUCGCUGGUUCCCACCAGUCCAAACGGGGAGGACAAUCGAGACGUUGAACCUCGUCCCGUCCAGCAAGCUCGCCCUGCUGUCACCCGUUACCGCCGUCAUGGAGACCCUAACCCCAGACUCAGGGGGCAAAGACAGAGGCAGCCAAUCAGAGACAUGCAGGAGUCUUCACCUAAUGCGGAGGAGAGAGAGAGUCCAGCAGAGGUGCAGGGGCAGCAAUGCUCAUUAGGAGAUCCUGUAUCCAUCAACCAACUGCCAGACAGGGGACCUCCUCACCAAACUCCCAUUGCUGUGGUCCCCCCCACCCACCUCUCACCUGCUCCUGCAACACUAAACAUGCAACCUCGCCUCCCAGAUACUCCUCCUGCUGAGGCAGAAGAAGAUCUCCAGGAGCCUUCAGUGGAGUGUGAAGGGAAACCAGAGGAGAUCCAGGCACAGGAUGGAGAGCAAGAACAGGCGGAGGAUGACGAAGACAUCUCCUCAACCCCAAGUCACUCCAUCUGCAGCCGCGAGGAGACUCAGGCGGUCGAGGACGGGUUAGAGGAGCGCUCCGAUGAGGUCGAGGAGGAUCAGGUGGAAGAGAUGGACGAUGUACCAGAGGACAUCGCAGCUCAGGGAAGUGAAAUCACCGAUCUGUGCUCAGACACGGAGAGCGCCGGCUCGCUCAGUAUGGACGGACCUCUCCACAGCCCCCCGCCACUCCAGUCCCCGACUCCUCCUUCCUCCCCAGAUCUCCCACCUUUCCCCCAGAUAGACCACUUCAGCGAGGACGCUGGCAUGAGUCCCCUGCCCUACAACGACCUGCUCCCCGAAGACGAAGACGAUGAUUGCUCCGAGUCGGGCUCGCCACCUCAAUUCAGCUCUUAUCCUAAAACCUAUGCAGACUUUUAUACGGAGUCCCACCAAAAAACAUACCAAGAGCCGGUCUACGAGUCGUACUCGGAGCCAAAAUCCCACCCCAACUCUUUCCCCGAGCCUCUCAAGACAUCCUAUCCCGAGUUACACAGAGAGCCUCGCAGGCAAUCUGGUUGGAGGACAGAGUGUAAAGAGGCCCAGCAGGAGACCCCCUUUAUCAGCCAUAGACAGGAGAAUGUACAAAAAGGGGCUCCGUCCUCCCCCACCAAGAGCUCCCAUUAUGCUCCGUGGCAGGGCCGAGCUUCUCAUCCCUCCCCUCUGGACCGCUCUGUCGGAUGCCGCCUGCACCACUACGACGGGCAGUCUGAUGGUGAAGGGGACGCCGCCAAUCAAAGUCCUCUGCCCAAGAGUCGCAGGCAGGCCCCCAGGCAAGCAGAAACCCAGGCCAAGAGCCCCUCGUCUGGGCAGAGCAGCUCGGGGGAGACCCAGGAGGAGAGGAAUGCGGUGGUUGGCCUCCAAGGGGAAGAAGUUAUGAGGGGAUCCGGAGACGCCAUCACCCUGGCGAUUAAAGACAUUAAGGAGGCGAUUGAGGAGGUGAAGACGAAGGCGCUGCGCUCCCCCUACACACCGGACCGCCCCGUGGAGCCCAUAUGGGUGAUGAGGCAGGAGGUCAGCCCCACGGAGGAGGGGUACCCACUGCAGACCACAGCGGGACAUUCUUCCCCUCACUCCCCCGCUCAGUCGGUCUCUGAGUCGCCGUCCCGCUACGUUCCAGUUCGGGAACCGGUCAGUCCACCGAGAGCCGAGUCAUCCAGAGCUCCCCCUCCUCAGAAUUACCACCAACAGCCGCCCCAACACAACCACAACCACAACCACCACCAAGGCCACCACUCACAGCAGAGGGACACCGCCAGGCCCCCGCAGACAUACACACAGCCUCAACCCUACCAACCUAUAGCGCCCAAUCAGCUGCACCAUCGGCAACAUCAGCACCAACAACAGACUCCACAACAACAACAACAACAACAACAACAACAGCAGCAGCAGAUUCCAGCUCCGCGGCCGCGACCUCAAGUCCAGCCGCCGUCGCCUUUACAGCAGCCGACCGUCCAGGAGCUGCGCAGAUCUCUUCCUUCAUUUCCAACGUUUGUGGACGUCCCGGGGCCGUGCGACCCAGACGACCUGAUCGACGGCAUCAUCUUUGCAGCGACCUACCUGGGCUGCACCCACCUGCUGUCGGAGAGGACGCCCACCAAGAGCGCCCGCAUGCAGCAGGCUCAGGAGGCCAUGAGCAGAGUCCGGGCUGCUCAGAAGCAGGCGAAGAACAGGAAAAAGAGCCCGGACAGCGAGGCUCCGUCCACUGCUGAGGUCGAUCUGUUCAUGUCCACGCAGAGGAUCAAAGUCCUCAAUGCAGACACUCAGGAGUCUUUAAUGGACCUCCCACUGAGGACGAUCUCCUACAUAGCGGACAUCGGGAACAUGGUGGUGCUGAUGGCCCGGGGGAAGAUGGUGCGCUCCCGCAGCGCGCAGGACAACCUGGACCAGGCCGCCGAGCAGACCACCAUGAGCCCUGACGACCGGCGGCUGUACAGGAUGAUCUGCCACGUGUUCGAGUCCGAGGAUGCGCAGCUGAUCGCUCAGUCCAUCGGUCAGUCUUUCAGCGUCGCCUACCAGGAGUUCCUCAGGGCCAACGGCAUCGACCCCGAGGACCUGAGCCAGAGGGAGUACAGCGACCUGCUCAACACUCAGGACAUGUACAACGACGACCUCAUCCACUUCUCCAAGUCAGAGAACUGCAGGGAUGUUUACAUUGAGAAGCAGAAAGGAGAGAUCCUGGGCGUGGUGAUAGUGGAGUCGGGCUGGGGCUCCAUCCUCCCCACCGUCAUCAUCGCCAGCAUGAUGCAUGCUGGGCCGGCUGAGAAGUCCAGUCGCCUGAACAUCGGGGAUCAGAUCAUGACCAUCAACGGGACCAGUCUGGUGGGUUUACCGCUCAGCACCUGCCAGAGCAUCAUCAAGGGUCUCAAGUCUCAGUCCAGGAUCAAGCUGAACAUCGUCAGGUGUCCUCCUGUUACCAUGGUGCUCAUCCGCAGGCCGGACCUCAGAUACCAGCUGGGCUUCAGCGUCCAGAACGGCAUCAUCUGCAGCCUGAUGAGGGGGGGCAUCGCUGAGAGAGGAGGGGUCCGCGUCGGUCACCGCAUCAUCGAGAUCAACAGCCAGAGUGUGGUGGCAACGCCUCACGAGAAGAUCGUCCAGAUUCUGUCUAACGCCAUGGGAGAGAUCCACAUGAAGACGAUGCCUGCAGCCAUGUACCGGCUGCUGACCGCCCAGGAGCAGCCCGUCUACAUCUGAACACACACACACACGUCUCGCAUCCCUCACUCUAUUUCCACCACAGUCCAUCCAUCUUGUUUUGAGUCAUCUCUGUAUCCUGUUAAAUAUCACUUGACUUGCCUUAAUCUGUACAGUACACUGUCAUGUAAACAUGUACAUCUACAGAUUCGCAGCAGAAGGCAGAUUAUCUCACCAGGCCAGCGUUUUAUUGUGACGUGUUAUGUUCGACCAAAGAGAAAUUGUGGAUUUUAUUGUGCAUAUUUAGGUGGCAAACAGAGUAAAUAUGACCUUUGGUUAAAUAGCAGUAAUAUCUGAAUGUACUCUCAUCAUGUUGGACCUAUCAGUUGUCAGGGCGACCCGGAUGAUGAUGCUGAUGAACGGAAGUGAUAAAGAUAAAGAGGAAUGCAUGUACAAUUCUGCUGAAUAAAGUCUAAAGAAAAGGC